AUGAGCCACAUCCAGGUGCCGCCGGGGCUCACGGAGCUGCUGCAGGGCUACACGGUGGAGGUGCUGCGCCGGCGGCCGCCCGACCUCGUCGACUUCGCCGUCGACUACUUCACCCGCGUGCGCGAGGCCCGCGCGCCGGCCGGAGCGCCGCCCGCCGCCGCGCGGCAGCCCGAGGGGCCGGGCCCGGGCGGCGCCGAGGCGGAGAGCGAGUCCGAGUCCGAGUCCGAGGAGGAGGCGGACGUUCCAAUUCCUAGUAGACAGAAUCGGCGAGUAUCAGUUUGUGCUGAGGCCUACAACCCUGAUGAUGAAGAGGAAGACGCAGAGCCAAGGGUGGUUUAUCCUAAAACUGAUGAGCAGAGAGGCAGACUUCAGGAAGCUUGCAAAGAUAUUCUCCUUUUCAGAAACCUUGAUCAGGAACAGCUCUCGGAAAUCCUCGAUGCCAUGUUUGAGAAGGUAGUCAAAAUGGGUGAGCAUGUUAUUGACCAAGGAGAUGACGGAGACAACUUUUAUGUCAUAGAACGGGGAACGUAUGAUAUUUUGGUAACAAACAAUGACCUCACCCGCUCUGUCGGUCAGUACGACAACCGUGGAAGUUUUGGGGAGCUCGCUCUGAUGUACAACACCCCGCGGGCCGCCACCAUUGUGGCCACUUCGGAAGGCGCCCUGUGGGGCCUGGACCGGGGGACUUUUAGAAGAAUCAUAGUGAAAAACAACGCACGGAAGCGGAAGAUGUUUGAAGCAUUUCUUGAGUCUGUGCCCCUCCUUAAGUCACUAGAGGUGUCGGAGCGAAUGAAGAUCGUGGAUGUGAUCGGAGAGAAGAACUUUAAGGACGGGGAGCGCAUCAUCACUCAGGGCGAAAAGGCCGAUUGCUUUUACAUUAUAGAGUCUGGCGAAGUGAGCAUCUUGAUCAGGAGCAAGACUCAAGCCAACAAGGACAACGGGAGCCAGGAGGUGGAGAUCGCCCGCUGCCGCAAGGGCCAGUACUUUGGGGAGCUGGCCCUGGUGACCAACAAGCCCCGCGCUGCCUCUGCGUACGCCGUGGGGGACGUCAAGUGCUUGGUGAUGGACGUGAAGGCGUUCGAGCGGCUGCUGGGGCCCUGCAUGGCCAUCAUGAGGCGGAACAUCAGCCACUAUGAGCAGCAGCUGGUGCAGAUGUUUGGCUCCAGCGUGGAUCUGGGCGACCCCGGGCCGUAG